GUGACUUUUAACAUUGACAAGGUCUCCGGAAAUCUGUACCAUCACACGAGAUUGAGAUCAUCAGAAAUAUCGAUCCGAAAAUGGCAUUGGUGGCACCAGACUGGCUGAACGCAGACUUUAUGCAACGAGUCCUGAAGAAUUCAGAGAACGACAAUACCAUUAAAAUAAUUGAAAUGACGACGAAAGCCGCGACCAAUAAAGGUGACAAUUAUACAAGCGACAUGCAUCGUGCAACCGUUGAGUUCACACGCGAUGAGCGCGGCAGGAAGGUCACGGAGAAGCGUUCGAUAAUUGUUAAGGUGGCACCUACCACAGAGGGACAGCAGAAGGAGUUGGUAGAACAGGCUGGUCUCUUCGGAAUAGAAAUAUUGAUGAUGACGACAACACUUCAGGAAAUGCAGGCACUCCUGCCGGAGACGAAGAUAAGUGGAAAAUGUCUCUAUACACAGAGCGAAAAUCCUCCGCUCUUAGUCAUUGAGGAUCUUGCACCUCUGGGAUUCCGUAUGGCCGAUCGGGAAGCCGGCAUGGAUCUCGACCAUUGUAUCCUGGCUUUGAGAGGAUUAGCUAAAUUCCAUGCUAGCUCUGUAGCAGUAUAUGAAAAGUCACCGGAAUGUAAGAAUCUCUACACCAGAGGCAUCUUCAACUCUGACAAUCCACCAGGAAUGGUGCAAUUUUUCACAAACGGUAUGAAGAGUCUCGCUAGAGCUGCAGAAAACUGGCCAAAACUUGGUAAGAAAUACGCUGAAAAGAUCAACAAAGUAGCAGACGUCGCGUAUGACAGAGCAUCAGACUGUCGAAUACCCAGUGAGUCAGACUUCAACGUAAUAAAUCACGGUGACUUUUGGGUGAAUAACAUGCUCUUUGCCUACGACGACAACGGCAAAGUCACGAAGCAUAUUUUCGUAGACUUUCAACUUUGUGUCUAUGGUUCACCAGCAAUUGAUCUCAAUUACUUCCUCAAUACAAGCCCUUCGGAAAGUGUACUCUUGAAUCACCAGGAUCAUCUCAUAGAUGAGUACCUCAAAGUCCUAACUGCAACAAUGCGGAGAAUCGGUUGCAAGGUACAGCCACCAAGCAUGGAUGAACUGAAGGGCGCCAUAUAUAGGAUGGAGCUUUAUGGGAUGCUCGCCGCAUGCACCAUCCUGCCGAUAGUUCUCGUAGAUAAGAACCAAGCUCAGAACCUUGACGAGAUCCUGGGACAGGAUGAGGCGUCGUUCAAUAACAAAGCGUACGAGAAUCCCAAGUACAGAGAGACCAUGUGCAGGAGAUUACCAAAGUGGGAAGCCAUGGGAUUGCUCGAUUAAUCUCAUUUCGUUGAUCGCUGUUAGAAAAAGGUGGAAAUUUUAUGGACAGUUGAAUAGUAAUUUUUAAGAGAGUGAUAUUUCAUUCAAUCUCGGGUGAAGAAAUAAUUUUUGAUAAUUCCUCUGGUAAUUUUUCAUGUUGCCUAUAUAUGAAGUGUACCGAAAUGAAAAGCACCUAAAAUUUAAGACAAAAUUUUUUAUGUCAUGCGUGCGUGUAAAGUACAGGUUAACAGGGGCGUUUGGAGGUCGGUAAGUCGAA